GGGGAUUCUAAACUCAUUCAUAUCUCUUAAUUCACAUAACCAUACAUUCGUUCACCUAGCUUGAUACUCAAAAAUUGGAUACAGCUGCUAGAUUCAGUGCAUUCCCAUUCUAUUCUUUGAUCCCACUUAGUUAUAAUUGGACUCUACAGCACCUCACAAUCUGUCUUUACUACCACGACAUAUUUCGGUCUGAUAACUUUGUCAGUAGCAUCGGGCUUCAUACCAAGACUUGAGCGUUUUCCUUGACACACAAGACCAAAAAUCUUCACACCGUCACUUCAGAUACCCAAAUCACUUAAUCUAUCUGCAUACUAAGUUUCUCAAAAAGAUGUCUACUACCUGGUAUGUCGUGUUCAAUGAAGAAUUUGAUGAGAAUUUUGGAAUGGGCCUAGACGAUGAGUCCGAGCAACACUCAACAUCGUAUAAUACAUAUGAUCUCACAGAACUUUAUGAUUCCAAUCAAAAUCUUUCAGAUGAUGAUAACGAAACUAUCGAAAGCUUUUCAUCAGACUGCAUGCCAAAUCUCCUUUCUACUAGCGAGGAAUGGUUACAUUACUACACCCCCGGCAGCAGCGAUGAGGAUGAGAUUGAGGAAGAAUGGGAGACCGGAGUCGACCUUUGGGUUUGCUCUCAAGAUGAACAUGACCAAUGGGGACAGCAAAGUGGUCCCCUCAUAGAUUGGGAUCUUGAAAAUUCUACAGAGCCUGUAGUAAAAGAGCCACUUUUCAAGACUACAAUGAUCGAUACUCCCACAACCUUUAACGAGUUCUUGCCAGUUCUGUCACAGCUCCUGGAAGACGUCCCCGAGCUCGCAUGUGACUGCGAGGGUGGAAAAAAAUUUGGUCGUCAUGGAGUCCUGACAUUUUUCUCCAUGACAGUUCUUUCUAGAAGAGAGACAUUUAUCAUAGAUGUCUCGGCACUCCUAAAAUUCGGAAUACAAGUCUUCAAACAAGAGAAUGCAGAGGGACUGUCGUUGAAGAAAGUUUUGGAGUCAAAGAAAUAUCUACAACUUUGGUUUGAUGUUCGACAAGACUGGGACACCCUAUAUCAUUUGUUUGAAGUUACACCAGGAAGAAUCCUUGACAUCCAAUUACUUGAGUUCUUGUCCCGCAGAGGUUCAAAACGCGGCAUUUUGGGAUUGUCCAGAACCAUGCAGUAUCAUGGCAAGGCUUUCAUGAGCAGUGAAGAACUUGACGUUUGGUUAGAUGACAAGGAAGAAGGGCGCCAAUAUUUCAGAGGUCAUAAACUAGGUUAUGCUGUUUUGGAGGAGGAGCGACCUAUCAGCGAAACCACGAAGAGCUACAUUGCAGGGGAUACGGACUGCAUGUUCCAAUUAUACUUCUGUCUCCGGCGAAAGUUAAGAGAUUGGGAUAACGAAAUGGAGAUAGACAUACCCGAGAAGGCUACCGAACCUCUGGAAGAUACCACAGAGCUUUCAACGAUCGAACAACCUAUCGAAGCUCCGGUCGUCUUGGAUUCAGGAUUGUCGACAAUUAAGUCACAAGAUAUCACUGAGCCUGCUGCUCCAGUCGAGCCGCAUCGCAGAAGAGAUUGGCUGGCUUUCGUUGAGGAACAAUCAUUGCUCCGUGCCGAGCUCGCAAUGGCUCCGGAAUAUGAUCCGGAUGAUGAAGAAUUGAAGUACCACCCUACUAAAGCACUUCUAGAGAUCUCACGACAACAAAGUGAUCAUGGAAGAGCUAUUGCGAGGCGUGACAGGAAUAUAGAGCGAGGCUGGCUAGCGCUUUGGUGAGGUACGAUUUAAAAGAACUGGGCAGCGGUUAUAUGAGUGCUAUAUCAAAGAGCCAUAAAGACAAAUGUUCGAAUUGAAUAUUGACAGGACACAGAAUAUCUACCAAAUACUAGUUUAUUUAGAAAUUAUCAUAAUA